AUGGCCUCGGUCCAGCCCGCGAGUCUCGGCGCCUUGGUCGUGGCGCUCGAGGCGAAGCGCCGGGCGCGGCCGUCGCACCCGCUGCGCCGGUUCUGCUACCGCCUUGCGACGUCGCCGUGGUUUGACCGCGUCAGCGUCGUCGUCGUGCUCACCAACACGGUCGUGCUCGGGCUCGUCGACUACUCGAGUCCGUGGGCGACGGGUCCCAACAUGCUGCUGCCGGCCAACGUCUUUAUCGAGCGCGUCAACAACAUCUCGCUCGUCCUCUUCGUCGUCGAAGCGCUCAUCAAAGCAUUCGCGUUUGGCGUCUUCAAGUACCUCGGCGACCACUGGAACAAGCUCGAUCUGAUCGUCAUCAUCUCCGGCAUCGUCGCGUGGGCGUCGGGCGGUCGCAGCGCGGUGGGCCAGCUGCGCAUUCUGCGCGUGCUCCGACCGCUCCGCACGCUGCGAGCGUUUCCCGGCCUGCGCAUCCUCGUCAAUGGCGUCCUCGCGAGCCUGCCGCCGCUCCUCAACGCCGGGAUGCUUCUCGGGUUCAGCUACCUCACGCUCGCGAUCCUCGGCAUGGAGCUGUGGCAAGACAAGUACCACGGGCGGUGUCGACUCACGCCGUAUCCUGUGCGACUCAACUUUGACCCGCUGCACGCGCCGACCUCGGUCGCGAGUGGCGUCUACCCCAACGCGUCGUACGUGGCCGCUGUCACGCUUGACCCGUCCGCGUACAAGUGCAACAACCUCUCCAACAGCGACGUGUGGCGAGCGCCGACGCCGUGUUUUUGGCCACUCGACCCGACCGACACGCUCGGGCUGUACUGCGGCAGCCGCACGUGUCCGACACCCAACACCACCUGCGGCUCCAACUACGACCGGCUCGGCAACCCGCGCUUUCUGAAUUUCUUCUCGGACGGCGCGCUGGUCUUUGACCUCAUGGGCGAGCCAGACUUUACGGCCAACCUCAACUUUGGCCUCACCUCCUUUGACAAUAUCUGGAGUGCGCUCGUGAUAGUGCUGCAGAUCGUGACUGCGUCCGGAUGGAUGGUGCUCACGCAAAAUACCCAAGAUGCGUAUUCGUGGGUCGUCGCCGGAGUCUACUUUAACGCGUUUCUCUUCAUCGGCAUGUGCUUCCUCCUCCAGCUCUUCAUGGCGGUCCUCUACACCGAGUUUGAGAAGGCAAAAACCAACCAAGAGCGCCAGCUCGAGUCGCAUACCGUCAUUGCCCGGCCGACCAAGUACAUUCAUCCAAAGUGCCUCGUCGCAUGUAAAAUGGCGUGUUUUUAG